UCCAGUAUACCCCGUAUUUUGCCCUAUGCCAGCUGCACCAACAGCCUUGCGACCCUCAUGUGGAGGAUAAAGAGGUAGUCAAUGAACUUUCAUCCAUCCGCCACAAAGAAUGUUAUUGUAAAUGUCAGAAAAAGUGACUGUGUCUCUUCCCCGCAGAGGGAUUGAGACAAAAUGGGAGAGUAAAUGGGAUAAUGAGGGUUUACAGAUCUGGGUGGCUGUAGUGACGCAGGGACUUUACGCUGCCUUUUGGAGCAUCAGUGACAACAGUGGCCUUUGCAUGUCCACAACCAAACAGAACGUCUGAUAUAUUAUUUCUGAGAAAACUGUAUCCCAACCAGUUUAUUAAUGGGUGUUAAUAAUUUACUGUGUGCAUUGAAUUGUGUGUGUAACAGGUGUUUUUACAGUCGAGACAAGGCUGCAAACCCCCCUGACCCCUAGUUGAUGUGUCUAACAGGCUUAUGAGAUUACGGAGAAGAUAUUUCCCGUUUGUUUUAAGCAGCAAAAGUCUCCACUGCUCCUACGUGACUGAGCUGGUACAGGUGUAAUCUACAGUAUUUGUUUUGUUUGAUGGUGCUUUCAUGUGGCACUUUUUAAGAUGAAUUCAUUUCCAGAACCUGAACCGGCCCACAGAGGGCGACAUACCACAACCAGGAGGAAGCUCAUUACAGCCUCAGAGAUUGGAAAAUACUUUAGUUCUUCCUAAAUGUUACUUUUGGAUUAUAGAGGGUUAAUCCAAACUACAGGAAAUAUCUUGUGCUGCGUAAAUUUGGGCGCAACUAUCAUGAGCAGGGUUUACUAUUGUUGGACAUGCAUUUGCAUACAAACACUUCAGUUUAAAGUCAGUGUCAUAUGUAGAGUCUUAAGUCUGCAGACAGCGGGUGCGUGAGGGGGAGUGGGAUGAAGCACAGCUGACACUUCUAGCAGAAGGCUGCAGGUCAAGUGGGCAGGUGACCUCCUCACUAACUCCCUCACAAGUGAGACGAACUGAACAGAGUCAGAGGGAGACAGAGGGAGUUGGACUUCCUGAGCGCAUACGCGUUAUUUGUGGUGGCAGCUGCUGUGAAGAGAAAUCAAAAAUACGCGUAUAGUUUAGAUCCACAGGAUUCCUCUGAGAAGAAGAAGGUCGAUCGUCAGAGAGAGAGAGAGAGGGAGAGAGAGGGAGGAUUGUAUCAAAGGAGCUGCGUAUUCAUGCAAAUUCAUCAAAUCGUAGGCGUGCCUUUUGGCGAUGGAGGCACGGGCGGAAAAGCAAACCCCCUCGUGGAUGACUCGCUCCCCUCACAGACUGUGAUGCGCAGCGCUCGGACGCACUGACAGCGGCACCGGAGCAAAUGUUUGAAAAGCUCAGAGACAGAGAAGAGAAAGUUCGGACUCGUCUCUCUCCACGCUUGUUCUGAUAAAGCUGCACUUCGUCUCCAACUCAAACCCUCAGCGCGACAUCUGCGCCACUGGAUCUCCACCACAGGCUUCGCCACUAACUGCGCUGGUUAUUUAAUAUUUGUUUUGUUUUGUUUUGAUCAUAUAUUUAUAUUUGACCAUCUUUUCAUACGUAUUUCAAAUUCUUCAAACAGUGACGCGGAUGAAGUUACUGUCGCUCUACUUUACAGAAUCUGUGCGUAAAGGCGCCGCCGCUGUUUUGAGAAUUUGAUUUUAAUUUGUGGAAUUUUUUCCAUCAACGCCAUGUCCGAGGACGACAGCAGCUCCAACACCAGCUCCAUGCCUGACACAGAGGGGAGCACCGUCAGCGUCCUCAACUGGGAGCAAGUGCAGCGGCUGGACGCCAUCCUUACCGAGACCAUACCGAUCCACGGCCGCGGGAACUUUCCCACUCUGGAGAUGCAGCCGCGGCAGAUCGUCAAGGUGGUGCGCAGUCGCAUGGAGCAGAAACAGAUCCACGUCCGGGACGUGCGGUUAAACGGCUCCGCGGCCAGUCACAUACUGCACGGGGACAGCGGACUGGGUUAUAAGGACCUCGACCUCAUAUUUUGCGCAGACAUGAAAGGAGAAAGUGAAUUCCAGACUGUGAAGGACAUAGUUUUGGACUGUCUCCUGGACUUUUUACCCGACUGUGUGAAUAAGGAGAAAAUAACACCGUUAACGUUAAAGGAAGCCUAUGUGCAGAAGAUGGUGAAGGUGUGUAAUGACUCAGACAGAUGGAGUCUCAUCUCCCUCUCCAACAACCGGGGGAAGAACGUAGAGCUGAAGUUUGUGGACUCUCUUCGGCGGCAGUUUGAGUUCAGUGUGGACUCCUUUCAGAUCAAGCUGGACUCCCUGCUGCUCUUCUACGAAUGCUCAGAGAACCCCAUGUCCGAGACUUUCCACCCCACCAUCAUGGGCGAGAGUGUAUACGGGGACUUCAGCGAGGCCCUGGACCACCUACGUCACAAGGUCAUCUGCACCCGCAACCCGGAAGAGAUCCGAGGUGGGGGUCUGCUGAAGUACUGUCAUCUGCUGGUGAGGGGAUUCCGGGCUGCUUCCGAGUCCGAGAUGAAAUCCCUGCAGCGCUACAUGUGCUCACGGUUCUUCAUUGACUUCCCUGACAUUGGCGAGCAGCAGCGUAAGCUGGAGUCAUACCUUCAAAACCACUUUGUGGGCCUGGAGGACCGCAAGUACGACUACCUGAUGACCCUCCACGGAGUGGUCAACGAGAGUACAGUGUGUCUCAUGGGGCACGAGAGGCGGCAGACCUUAGGGCUGAUCGCCAUGCUGGCAGUGCGAGUGCUUGCCGAGCAGAACGUCAUUCCCAACGUGGCUAACGUCACGUGUUACUAUCAACCUGCUCCCUAUGUGGCAGAUGGCAACUUUAGUAACUACUACAUUGCGCAGGUACAGCCAGUGUUUGCUUGCCAGCAGGCUGCGUACUCCACCUGGCUGCCCUGUAACUGAGACAGCCCUAAGGGAAGGAGGAGGGAGAGAGUGUGAUUUGUUUGAACAGGAUAAAGCAGCAUAGUUGCCACCCCAAACCUGCCCAGUGUUUGUCAGCUGAAAGGAAAAAAAAAACAAAAACAAAGGAGUCUUCUUUUUAUGUUGUUUUGCAUCAAAGCUUGUGAUUUUGUUCAUACAUUCAGUAUGUAUGCUAAAUAUAUUACAGCUGGCUUUUUAACCCAAAUAUGUAUUUCAGUGUGAAUUUUUCACAUUUUCUGAAACACCAGUGGCGCCUGACUCCUGCGCAGGCUGGAUAGGUUUGGAAAAAUACUUUUUUGGUGUAGCUCGGGGGCUGAUGGCUAAAUGCAAAUAUGUGACGGGCUUUUGAACGCAAGCAGCAGAACUGUCAUCGAGACUGAUCAAAUCUGCCAAGAACUCAUUAGCCAGCAUGUCCCGUGAGCAGGGCAAACGCCCACAUCAGUGUCCUGAAGUUGCCCAACUUUCAGGAGUGUGUUUCUCAGUUACACACACACUUACACACACCCACACUCGGGGUGCAAUCGUAGGUGCACGCAGGGCUCCCACACGCACCCUAGACUGCUUUACUUCAGAUGAACUAAGGUGACGUGCUGCUAAAAUAGUUUGGAUCACAAACUGACAGCACCAGCGCCUUACAGUUGAACAUAACUAUGGUUUACAGACCAAAGAUUAUUAUUUUUUUGAGCGUUUCUAACAGUAAAAACCCAAUUUUGAUGCAGAGAAAAUAAACAAAAAAUAUGAAUAUACUUUAUGUCUAUUUGUAUAUGUGAACAUAUGUGUGUUAAUAAGUGCCUAUUGCCUCUCAGGGGGCAAAGAAAACAAUGAGCAGGCCAUACGACUUUUUGCAAAUCAGCCCCAGUCUCAAGACAUCAGCAGCCCAGAGGUUUGUGAAUGUAUACGUGAAAUCAAGUGCAGUCAGUGUUUGCAUUUGGAUGCAUAUUAGUGCCAGGAGUCAGUGUUGUCUUUGAAGUAAAGUAGCAGUCAAAAGUGCAAGUGAUUGUUUGUUUUAUUUCAAUUCCAACAUUCAAAUUGGUCAUAUGGAUGUGAGGAAACUCCCGAUUUUGACGCUCAAAUGAUCCAAAUUAACACUGGCAUCAUUUUCAAAUCAUCAGCAACCAAGAAAACGCUCAAUCAAGCUCAUACAUUUUCCUGAUUUUGUACAGUGGUGCUUCUCUUCUUCUUCUUGUCAGAGCAAAAAAAAAAAAUCACAUGACGGAUGAUAAGAGGAAAAGACCGCAUUCAGAGUCUGACAGAGAGCUGCUGUGUGUGUCCCUGUGCUUCCUCCUGGUUGAAGUAUAUUUGCAGAGACACCGCAGAUGACGAUGAGACACUAUUUGCUGUAGCACCCUGGCAGGGAAUUCCUCGGCUGCUGCUGAAGAGCUUAAACUUAGCCGAAGUUUGAUCUGUAGACACUCUGUUCAGGGUUCAGAAACUGUUGUGCCAAAACAUUUUGGUGGCCCCACUGAUAGCCCUAAAGUUUGAUGAGCCAUUUGUUGAUGCACUGCAGACAAAGGUGAUGUCUUUAAAGAAGACGAGGAGAGAGAGUGGGAGAGAGAGAGAGAGAAAAGGAGAGGGAAAGGGAAAUGUGGCAGGAGGCAGAGUGAGUCAGUCUGGAGAGAUGGGUGCAGCUGGUGAUGGGGUUUAUCACUUUAGGGCUACAAUGCUGUACUGUACAAACUGUCUCUGUUUCAGUCGCACUGCAAGUCAAUGCACGGUGCUGCAGCUCAUCGCCCUUUUUUUCAGGGAACACCAAAACAUCCUGUCGUCAGCAUUUGCUCUGUUUCCGUCGUCUGAAUAUUGUUUGAAAAGAAAAAAAAAAAAGAGAGAGAGUGAAAAGUUCACACCAGCUUCACAACUCAUAUUUUUCCUUUGUGAUGUUGCUUUAAUGAUGUCUAAUAGUAAUAAUAAUGAUAAUGUAUGCUUCAAUCCACACCAAUUUUAAAGAACUGUGUGUGUAUAUAUAUAUAUACUGUUUAUAUUUAAUGACAUGCCAUAGCUUUGCAAACUAUACCGCGCCUUCCUUAAUGGCAAAAAAAUAAAAUAAAAUGGUGAUUUCAAGCAUAAAGACGAAGGUUAGACUCUACGUCCAGCAUCAAUGCAUCUCAGCAUCAUGAAGAGGGAAAAAAAAAUGCAUUUCUUUUCUCGUCCUGUGUCUCACAUAACAUCUGCACUGUCCAGUUGUUUCCUCCUAUCAGUGACUGUUCACGUCGAUGGUAUCCUUUGGAUUGUGCAGGCAAAUGUAUUGUCAUUUGAUACUCUGUGAAGUCUAUAACACCUGACUAGCUAGUUAGCUCCAGUCUGCCUGUCAGUUAGGGAUUGUGGGUAAAAUGCUUUGUCUUGUGUGUGUGAGUCGUCUCAAAUAUCUUUUUUUCCUGCUCUCGCGCAGUCUUUUACAAACGACACUUUGGAAAAAGAAAGAAAAAGAUCCUUGUCUUGUAUGUAUAUUUUUUAAUGAUUGUUAUUUUUAUAAAUGUAACAGACACUGCAGAUUUGGCAGUGCUUUUGAAUCUGUGACUGGGCUUCGACGGAUAUGUUCUCAAUAGCUUUUUUUGCUAUGUCAUGUGUCCAAUGGGUCAAAAGGUUAAUGAUGUUUUCAUCAAUAAAAUAUCUGAAAACCUGA